UAGUGUUCUCUGUUAGAUAAAAUAAAUCCCUUUGGGGGUGACUAUGAGCUUUGUGACUUUGCAGAUUUUAUACAUGCACAAACACAUACCUUACACACGCAAACAAAAGGAAAACAUUAAAAAUCAUGAUAUGACUCCUUUAAUAUUCUCUGAGAAUAUUCACACAUUCAUCGAAAAUGACUGAAGCAGGUGUACUGCUAUAAUGUCUGAGGAGACAGCGUGCUGGAAUGGGACACAACAUUCCUAAUACUGAACAGUACACAGGAGCUAAACUUCAAAUUGAUAGGCAUAACGCGUAUUCUGUCAUGAAAAGUGCCACUUGUGUGCGGAUCAAGUGAAGCAGUAGUGUGUGACAUACUAACUCCUCCCCCCCCACACACACACAUAUACACACACACACUGCUAGUUCAAAGCUCAUUUCAUUGCCUUCUAACCAGUAGCCUUUCAGUUUUAUUGCUGUGUCUGUAAUUUUAAUACUUCGACAGACAUUAGCGCUUUUGUACCUGAAGAGUGUGUGAAACCCUGAGGCAACUUUAUCCAGGCUGCGACCAAGACUCGCAUUCUUCUGUUACCUGGUGGCCUUCACUUACAGUGUGUGAUGGGAUCUUUUCGGCGUCCUCGCUUUAUGAGCUCACCAGUGCUGUCAGACCUGGCCCGCUUUCACGCAAGUUCACCAUCCCUACAACUCUCCACUGCAAGUAUCUGGAAUAGUGUCCAAUCUGCUGUCAUCAAAGUAUUUCAAGGAGGAGGGCUACAGACCAGUGAGCUGUACAGUCUGAAUGAAAGCAUCAGGUGGCUUCAAAAGACAGAACUUGGCUCCUUCAUUACAGAAUACUUUCAGGAUCAGCUCUUGAACAAAGGCCUGGCACAUAUAUUGGAGAAAAUUCAGCUUCAUGAGGAAGAAAACUGUCUCCAGGCUCUGUCUGAAAUGUGGGUAACAUAUUUCACAGAGAUCCUGCCAACUCUUCAAGCCAUAUUCUAUCCUGUGCAGGGUCAGGAGCUAACCGUGAGACAGAUGGCUCUGCUGGGUUUUAGGGACCAGGUCUUGUUGAAGCUUUCCCUAGAGAACAUUCUGCAUACCGCUUCAUACCCUCCUGCCAUAGUACAGAUGCUGCUCAUACUACAGGGCAUUCAUGAGUCUAGUGGGCCUAGUAAAGAAUACUACCUUCUAGAGCGACUAGUGGAUAUGGUGAUUAAACCUUACCUGAGUAACUACCUCCACAUGAGCCACAGGGACUCCACUUCAGGGUGUCAUUUGGAAAAGUCCAGUUUGGAGACUGCACCUCGCUUUGGCCAGCCAGAGAUCACAAUCACACACUUUGCUGCAGAAUCGCUGCUGACGCCUCUUGUAGAGCAGGAAGGCGAGGCAUAUCUGGAGAGGACUGCUGGAAUACGGCGCCACACGGUCGCCAAUGUUCAUUCAGACAUCCAGUUUCUCUCCAUGACAAACAGAACCGAUUGUGGUGAUAAUGGCCAGGUGACAAAAGCAAAGAGAACUGCUUCUCCCAGGCCUUUCUCCAGUCAUCUUGUAUUCCUGGACUCUCAGUCAACUACAACAAAAUCACAGAUAUGCCAGAACACUGAAAUGAGUUGAAAACUGUUCUGUAAGAAUCAUAAUAUAGUCCAAUCCUAGAACUGUCGUUAUUUCAAGUAUUUACACUGAUUACAUUAGUGGAGUCGUAUGGAUUAUCACAGAAGUUAAAGUGCAGUAUGAGCCAAUUUGACUACUUAAAGUGUUCAGCAGCAUUCCACUUCCUCAUAAUCAGCCAGUGGGGUUGUGCACAAUCUGUGAAGUUGAUUACAUGGCUGUUUGUGUACUAGUUUUUGGUUAUAAAUUUACACAAGUAAUAAUUUAUUAGGUGUACACGAAAUAUUACUUAAUUGUGACCUGUAGAAAUUUUUACCUAUGUUGGAAGACAGUCUACUUACAACUUCUUGCCACAGUUUCUCAUAUACAAAGCCUUUUGUGUACAUGAACAGCUGUAAUGCUUACUUGGAAACUACAUUAUUGUUUGGUUGAAUGCUUAAAGCACAAGGGAGAGGAGUUUCAAGAAACCUAUAAUUAGCUGAGUCGUGUCCUGUGCUGUGCUCUAAGAGGCAUGCUCAUUUUCUGCUGUAGAAGUGGCAAAGCUAUGUGGAAUUUCAGCUCUGCUGAGCUAACACUGUUUACACAGAUGCAGUAUUAGGCAAAAUCUUUCUGAGCUUUCAGCUGUUUGGGAUUAUGGACUUGACUACACUGUGUGACACUUUCUUGUUUUGAGCCAUUUUAGUAUGUACUGUACAAUUUGUUAAUAGUGGAGUUGCUGAUGUAUUGAUCUAAGGAGUAAUUUAUUUCAUGAAAUAUUUUGUCUUAAUUAUAAUUUCAGUUUGAAUGUUAUGACAAAUAUUGUGUUUAUCAAUGUGCAGUGUUGUAUACGUUUGUAGUAAUAAAGUGUUACUUUGUGUAACUCUAUUUUCUUGGUUGGCUAGUCAUUCAUGGUUAGUCACUAUACUUUUUAUAGAUGCAGUCAUGACUGCGUGUCCAAGGUACCUUCAACACACGUCAGCUUUCUGAACAUAGCAGUUUAUGUUUCCAAUCCAAUGGGACACUCACAAGUAGAGUCGUUUCCUUUAGGACUAAAAUCAACCUUUAAUCAAUGUAGUCUUCCC